AUGAAGGAAGUUUCACUUGAAGAGGCAAUUCUCGAGAAGGACCCGACUGCCCGAAUUAUGCAACAGUUCAGCGAAAGAACAACGGAGCUGAAGGAUAAGAUCAAAAAAGCGAAGAAGCGAAUUGUGAAAGCAUUUUCCAGAGAUCAAGGGAAGAAUGCGCUCCGACUAUAUGAGCUUCAGCGACAAGAAAGUGAACUAAGGCUAGAAAUCCAAGCGUUUCCGAUGAAUCGGCGGAACGAGAACACAAGACGACAGCUCGCUGCCAAGUACAAAGAUAUCCAAGUCUUCUGUAUCAGUAACACACUAUACAGAGAUCACCGCGAAGAUCCGCCAGACUCAGCAGAAGCUUACCUUAAGCUCAUUGGGAUCUUGGACAUGAGACGUUAUUGCCAAUUAGUCCCAGCAGAGGCUGGAUUACGUGCAACAUGGGCAUUUCUGACCCACCAAGUUCCAUCCCUCCUGGGCUCUAUUCGCCAAUGGUUACUUGCGGGGUCUGAUGCGAUUACAGCGGAGAAAGCAGCUACGCUCAGUCGCGCUUUGAAAUACGUGGAAACAACUCUCCAUAACGUACGGCAUAGGGAUCAAAACAACGAAGGAUCUCUGUAA